UUCUUGUUUUAACCGUCAACAUCCCCGCUGCUUAGUUGAAAUGUUUGUCUAUUUGUGAUGCAGUGCUUCUGCUUAUAUGUGAAUAGGUUAACCGCGUGAAUUGGAAGUAUUCUUCAUCAACUACACAUGCCUGCCAUGAAGCUAACAUGCAAACAGGUUCUCACCGAAGCAAAGGCCCCCGACUUGGAAAGCGUGAGGAAACUGAACUGCUGGGGAUGUAAACUGACCGAUAUUUCUAUUCUAUCUGAAAUGCCAAAUAUUGAAGUACUGACACUGAGGUUGGUUACAUCUUUUUCUGACAGAUUUAUAGGCCCAAUUACAAUUGAUCAUAUUAACCAUCUUUGUAGUGUCAACAGCAUCUCAUCUCUCUCCCCUCUGGCUGGAUGCUUGUCUAUGUGUGAGCUCUACCUGAGAAGCAACAUGAUUCCAACGCUCUCUGAGCUCUAUUACUUGCGUCCCAUGACGCGUCUCCGAGUGUUGUGGUUGGCUGACAACCCUUGCUGUGGAACUGACGCCAGUCGGUAUCGCCUGACUGUCUUGCGCUUCCUGCCUGGGCUGCAGAAGCUGGACAACCAAGUAGUGACCGAGGAAGAGAUUGCGUUAGCGAACUUGGUAGGUGAGGACAUCAGCACGCCAAUAAACACAGCCCGGACCCAGGUCUCUACCAACGGGCUUCCUGAUGCAGACAAAGAAAACGACUCUCUCUGCCACAAUGCGGAGGACACCAAUAAUAUCAGACAAGAAUCGAGGAUGAAGCAGCCCUCCAGAGACAAGAUUCCCUCUCUGGAUUCUCAAUCAACUAGAUCAUCUCUGAAAAGGACACACACUCUGGAUGCCGUGCUGCUUCUGCUGAGGGAUUUGGAUCACGACGAGCUCCGGGUCGUUUACACGGAAGCGCAGAGCAGACUGAGGACUUACACACUGGACUCAAUAGAGACGCUGCGAGACUCGCACACACAGAAAGCUGCUGAAAUUCCGCAAUGAAAAAGGUAGUCCAUCAGUGUGCUUGCAGUCACGGCAACCAUCAGGUACUCCACACCAUCUGCACCCUGAAAAAGCCAAUCAAAAAAAGCAUGACUAGGUAUGAGUUGUACGCGCCUGUAAAGACAAUGGAAAAAUAUUUGGAACCCCGACAGUACAUUUGAAAGCUCCUAAAGUUAGGGUGACCAUAUUUUGAUUACUGAAAACCAGGACACUCGCAAUGAGAUACUCAGACCCCAAUCAAAGAUGCCUUAUUUCAGUACAUUUAAAGUAUGCCGUCUCUGUAUGGAUACGAAAUUGUUGUACAACAAAAUACUAUCAAUAACCAAAGAUUUUUUUUGGAAUGUGACCCAGUAUUUUUUGGGAAAAAUGUGCCCUCUGAGGUCGGCAGAACUUAUUUGGAAUUUGAACCUCUGUUGCGCAUGAGGUCCCCAGUGUUACACGACUUCGACUCGGCAAGCAUCAGUGGGUUAACUCCGUGCGUGUUUUGAUUCUUCUUUGGCUUUUUGGCAACACUAAUUCAAAAAGCUGACCGCACGGCAGCCUCUCAGGGAUUACGUCACAUGCACGUCAUGUGAUGUCAUGUCAAAAUGCCUUCCGCAGUCGAAUGCUUUAAGUCUCGUUUUCAAACCCACUAUUCUCUGGCUUUUAACUCAGCGUGAGGUAGUCCUCUGUGUCUUUUAUUGAUUUGUUUUUACUUAUUUUAGUAUUUUUUUUUUUUUUUACUUUUAAUUGUUUUAUUUGGAAGUAUUUAUCUAUAGUUAUUUUAAAUGUAUUGUUCUUAUUUGAAUUACUCAUUUUUAUUGUCUUAAUUCAAACUGUUCUUUAGAGUUAAAGUGGAUUGGGUGGUUCAGGGUGUACCCCGCCUCUUGCCCGAAGUCAGCUGGGAUAGGCUCCAGCAUACAUGCGACCCUAGUGAGGAUAAGCGGCAUAGGAAAUGGACGGAUGGAUGCAGCAGAGUGCCCUAAUGCCGGUCAAUUUAGGCCCUGUCCACACGGGAAGUUCUUGGGAUUUUAUUUGUUUUUUGGCUGAAAAAAAAAAAAAAAAAAAAAGUCACAUCCACACUGUGCCCGAUUAGUAAAUAGAUCACUGUGUGAAAACGAUGUAAUAUGCAAGGAACACCUACAUGUGGCGCCGUAAACAGACACGCAGAUGGAACCACGUGCCACACCAAAGUAUAGAAGAAGAAAGAACGCAUGCGCAUAAGCCCGUCUGCACGUCUUCUGGUUUCCAAGGCUCAUCUAGACUUACGAGAAGUGGACUUACUUCUACGAUUCAUUUUGGACAAUAAGACAACUAAAUACGUGGAGAAUGUCGACUGGGGUGAGUCAUGUCCAUCGAAAUAUUCAGAUAUGUUGGCUUGACGUCAAAGCUGACUUGUGGUCACGUGACAUGUCAUCGUUUCUGUAAACCAGAGGCUCGGCCGUCUAUACGGCAACGACAAGCGACCGUUUUCAGAUUUUUCCUACUCUGGAAGCCGUUUCCGUGUGGAUAGCCCCUUAAUGGCCCAAGGUAAAACACUGAAAACCAGGACACAAUGUCAAAACAGGACACGUCCCUGGAAAACAGGACGUUUGGCCACUCUACCUAAAGUUGUACAAUUCGGAAUCUGACCGCCUCUAAAGUCACACAAAAAAACCUCAGGUUUGAACUGCUUUCAUAUGACAGCCUUCAGCUCGGUGGGCCACCGAAGGCCAGGACUUUACCUUGCGUGUCCGAAUCAGUUUGUGGUCUCUGAACUCGGUCAGCUGCGUCCUCAGAGUGAGAUCAGAGUUCACCAGGAAUGACUCACGACAACGCUGGUAAAAAUCUUGGAAUGACAACCCUGCACAAAGAAAACACACUUUUACCUAAAAAGGAACAUUCAAAGUGUGUGCGUGUGUGUGUGUGUGUGUGUGUACCUGUGUAUGAAGGGUUGUCUUUGUUUUCCAGCUGAAAUUUAACCAGCAGUUUGAAAAUUCCCCUAGGGAAAAAAAAAAAGUAAAAAUCAGCAUGCAGCGCAUCCACACAGCUUUUACACACAGAUAUAACCACGGUGCAAAGUGUACCUUGCAUUUGGCGUCAAGCUGCGGAGCACAUGUGUAAGGGAGGACAGUGCCAAGGCGCCCGUUUGCUGCACCAGAAGGGAGUUCUCAUAGGAUGUCUCCUCUGUGUAGUGCUUAAACGUCACACACUCCCACCACAGCCAGUUAAACUGGCUCUGCUUAAACUGGUCCCAAACUGAGAAUACACAGGAGACAUCUGGGUAAACAACAUUACAAAAUAAAACACACACAGUGGUGUGAAAAAGCGUUUUCCCCCUUCUUAUUUCGUUGCAUUCGUCACAUUCAAAUGUUUCAGAUCAUCAAACAAAUAUGAGUCAAUGACAACAACACAACUGAACACAAAAUGCAAUUUUUAAAUGAAACCUUUUAUUAUUAAAAGGAGAAAAAAAAUUCAACCCACAUGGCCCUGUGUGAAAGUGAUUGCCCCCUAAACCUAAUACUCUAAUCACUUUUCUCCCUUAAUAAUAAAAAAAGUUUCUUUUAAAAACUGCAUUCUGUGUUCAGGUGUGUUGUCAUUGACUAAUAUUUAAAUUUGUUUGAUGAUCUGAAACAUUUAAGUGUGACAAUCAUGCAAAAAAAAAAAAAAAAAGGAAAUCGGGAAGUGGGCAAACACUUAAUACGAACCCAGAGGAGCAUUGAUGUGAUCGAUAGUAGCCACCAUGUGAAGAUUGGGGAGGGAUGCCAGCUGCCCCAGUGCACUCUGGCUCUUUUCUCCUCGCAGCAUAGGUCCAUCGAUGUUAUUGAUCAACAAGUAAAUAUGAAGAUCUGGGCCUGUGCCACGGAUACACUUCAACUUCAAAAAAAGUGUCAAGAUUGAGAUGAAACUGGAUGCGAUAAACUACUCACGCUCUUUAAGGGUUUGGGAGAUGUACUGAAUCUGGUCAGAUGGUGUUCGGAAACUCCCCUGGUGCUCAAGAAUGUCACACAUCAAAGCGUUCAAGAUCUGCAACGUGUAGUACAGUACGCCCAAAGUCAACAUCAGUCACUUGUUCAUGUUUAUUUCAUUGAGCUUUUAUUAUCUAGAUUUUGCUUCCCAUUUUGAUUGUUUAAUAGGCUGUAGAACAGGGGUGUCCAAAGUGUGGCUCGGGGGGUCAUUUUUGGCCAUUUCUUAUUGGCCCUCGGCAUAUUCUAAAAAUAAAUGAAUUCAGUAUUAACAAGAUAUAUUAUUAAACAAUACACUAAUAUUUAACCAUUGACGUGACUUCCUGUCCACAUGCCCGGAAGACAGUUAUUUCAACACACACAAGCGCAAGUCUUAUUUGUCUUAAAUGGCUUAGUUUCUCUGAUUAUGUCUACUAUAGUGAGUGUUUCUUUCUAUAUGAGUGUAAAGGUGACUAUAGGGUGUUAUUUCAUGCCUAGAGGGCUCUAAUAAUGUUAAAAAAACAACAUAUUUUCAAGGUUGUAAACAAGUUUUCUAUGCUCUAACUAUGAAAAUAUAACAUUCAUAAACAUGAAAGAAAUUAACCUUGAUAAACAAGGAUUACUGUACAGCGACACAUCAGAUGAAAAGCAUCAAACCCAAGGCCCGGAAGCCAGAUGUGUUCUGAGAAAGCCUGGGAAUAAUGUGUGUCAAUAAUGCAUUUCAUCCGUUUCCUUCUAAAUGUAUUUGUUGUUUCGUUUCGUGCUGCCGUCUGUCUCUGUUAUGACGACAGACGGCAGCACAGUGUAGCUCCCCACAGAGUCUGACACUCGUUUAUAACUUCAUUCUGACCUGAACACAUCAACAGCAGUGCAAUUCCAACACCAUAUGUGAAUCUCCAACUCGCAAACAUGUCUCUAGUCCGUUCAGCCCCGGAACGACACUUCCUCACUGUCACUACUACAACCGCGAGAUGUAUUCAGGGACACUCCGAACAACACAACAACGUCUUUAUUAUGUGUGUAUGUUUGGUAAAAUAAACAGAAAGACAAAGAAAAACAAUACGUGUCUCUUCUUAUCACUCACUUUGUAACUCUUAACGUGGAAGUGGAAUGUUCUGCAUUUAAGUAUGCUCAGAAAUCCCAGAAUUAAAAAAGAAAAAAAAAAAAAAAUCAAAACAUGUGAAUGAAACUUAAAUUACAUGGUGUAUUUGAACGCAAAUACAACAAUGAAAUGCAUGGACAAUUGUAUAGUAAUAAAGAGGUUAUAUUCAUAUGUCGAUAGUUACAAGUGGCCCUUUGACACCCCUGCAUGAGAUGUACAAUGACUGAUUAUCUUUAAAUCAGGGUACACUUACAUGGAGCCCAGGAUUUAUUAUUUAUUUAUUUAUUUAUUUCAAUCGCUUGUGCUGUUAUUAGCUACACGCCUGUGUAUCUACAGCUGCACGACACGAAACAAACACAUCACGUUUAAAAACAUGAGAUACUGUGGCACAUCUCCAAAUCCUAAAGCUCAGUUUGAAAAUGCAAGUGAGAUCGACAUAGGAAAGACUGCGGUCCGCUUUGGAGGUUCCACUGUAUUCCUUUGUGUGUGACUACUCACAGAUUUCAGAGUGAUGGACGGGAAGAAUCCAUUGACGACAAGGUGAAUUUGUCGGGACAAUUGAGACAAACGAAAGUCCUCCAGCAGAUCUUUCUUGCUGCCCAAACCGUAGAGCAGCACGCUGAACCCCAACCUUCAGACAAACACACUCGUUUCAUUUCUGUGUUUAAAAAAUUCUAAAAAAUGAAAGCACGUUCACUUACUGUAACUGUAGCAUCCAUUUGCUAAAGUGCGUUUUGUGUUUGUUGUGGAGCUGCUGGACCUCUGCUAGGUAGCAGGAUGGUUUUCCCUCUAGAAGCUGGACAAGUGUCUCCUGCAAGCCAAUUAAGUACGUUCUAAUUCUCAUGUAGCGUUAUAAAUACAUCCAUGAAGUUUUUAUACACCCACCCUGUCUAAUUUAGGUGUGUGUAGACGCUCAAGGGUGCGGUCUGACGUUAGAACCUUUGAGCUGCUGUGGGCCUCAAAGUAUUCUUCCACCAAGCUGGGCUGGCUGACAGACUCAGGAGUGCUCUUGCUCUUUUUGGAGGGGGUCUUGUAGAGUGCCGCUGAUAAACCUUUACUUGGAGUUCUUGGGGUCUUGUUUUCUUUCUCAUCUUUUUUUACUUUCUGCUCGUCCUCCACCACGCCCCCAUCUUCCUCCUCACCAGAGUCGGAGGGUGAAAACUCACUAUCGCUGUCGGAUCGGAGGCUCGGAGCUGAAAAUAUCCAACAAGUCCCGCAAAAUGUUACUACACGGCAAUAGAAACCACUAUAAACCGUACUGUACUUACUUGUCAAUCUCUUCCGGAGCCUGUGGGGAGUUGUGGAGACAAACUGCACCUUUUUGCGCUGUCAGAAAAGACGUGGAUGUUAAAAAUGGCACCGUUAACAGCGUAUGAAGUGCACAGACAAAAAGACGCACCCUCUGUGGUGUUCUGUUUUCAGUUUUGGGGUCUGCGCAGAGAGACAGUGCAUUCAGUACUACAAAAAACAGAAAAGAGAAGAUGCUGGACUUACUGCGGCCUGUCCGUAUGGGAGUGGAGGGCGUUGUACUGAAGCUCACACUUUUCCCUGGGGUCCGUGCCAGCUCACUUGCUAGGAAUACAAAGUGUAUAAUAUAUUUUUUAAAAGCCAUAUCAUAUAGAAGUGUAUGUAAAGUGAUAAAUGUAAUAUGUUCAAGUGAGCUGCACUAAAAAGGCUACAUUAUUAUUACAGUACAUACACAGGAGGACCUCGGUGUACGUACGACUUCUGUUCCUACGGCCACAAUGUCAGUGAGUAUUAAAUGAGAAUUAAAUGGAAAGGUAAUAAAAAAAAUAUUACCUUUUUUUUUUAAUAUCUAGACUUAAUUAAAAAGAACAAAAGUUGCGUCCUUCCUCGGUGUAGUGACGCACAACUACUGUACUUCUACCACCUACGUAUUGCUAUGCUGCAUGCACAUAACUAGUUCUCACUUUCUUUUUGUAGAGUAGUAAUAAUUUAUCCUUGAUGAUGGCCGCGGUGUUAAAGUAGCUUGUAUGGGGCAUACAGCCAAUGAAACCUAUGUACUUACAAACAAGGUUAUGCCACACAAACAAUAAUUGUGUGCUUCUUUCUGAAAAGAAACUUACAGCCAUUGUUGUGUAAAAUUGCAGUCAACAAAAGUGAUGGACUCACCAGUCUGGGCCAUACUGUGGCCUCGUUUGUUUUUCUGAAAAGUGAAAAUGGAGGCUCCAGCAACUCUGGACAUAUCUUCUUCAUCUUCAGUAAGGAAAAUAGAAGAAUAUAAGUAAAAUGUAGACAUUAAUCCAUCAAUUCAGAUACAUACAAGCUACAAAUUGUUAUUAUUAAUUAAAACAGUCUUUGCAAUCAUGUCUCCUUUGCCUGUUGACCCUCCAGUGUACAUGGGUGUGGACUGUGUCUAGUCGCAUCCUUCCUUACCUUCUAGAUUGUCUGCAUAAAGAGCUUGAACAUAGUUCUGCUCAUCAAAGACGCCGUUUUCAUCCCCGUCCUUCUCGUCUGGGUCUUCUCUAGUUCGCCCUCCUGGGCUCUUAAACGUGACCAUCUUCUGGACAGCCCCAGAACUGCUCUGCACCUCUUUCAGACAUAGACACACACAGAUACAUCAGCGAGGCGGAAAAGACACCUUCCUUUUAUAACAUUAUCUUAGAGGCCAUACCCUCCUGUUUGUCCACGAUGUGCUCCACAACAUCUCCAUCCCCGACGAACUUCACCUCCAACACACUCAUGACUCCAGGGACAGAAGUUGGCAGUAAUAAGACUUAAUACAGACGUUUACAGAGGGUAUUGUAUGCUCAAUUGAGCUCCAUUAUGCUAGCUCUCAGCCCGCUGUUAAAGUGGCACUGAAUAAAAAAAAACAUUGCACAACAAUUACCAAAGGAACAGAAAUACGACAGAAAAGCCAACCUACCAGUCUGAAUCAAUAUAACCCACACAAAUGUAAACAAUCCAUUAGAAAAUGCUAAGAGUGUGGCAUGACAACUUUCCGCGCCAUCAAGCCGAACUUUUAAAUCACGUGACAAGUCAAAGUUCACGUCGUGGCCAAUGAGAGCGUGUAUCUUAGUAAAACAACAUUUACCAGAAUUCCAUUCGGCGUGGCCAUGACGCCGCAUUUGGAAUCACUGGGAAAUCGUAAAGCCCAACGACGAUACAGCGGAGAUAUAUAUCCGAUUGUGGUAAACGGCGACAAUCUCGGUAACCAACACAUCGAUACGGAUUAAACUUUCAGACUAUAAAGUCAAGACACAUCGGUUUACCCCAAGUUCGCGAGUACGAACCCUUUUUAAAUUUGGCGUGGGAGUUCUCCGAUUUCAAGUGUAUCAGAAAGCACCAUUAAACACGAACGCUUAAUAGCCAUCUGCACAUGCGUAGAACCGAUUGCCUAAUGACAAGGAGCACUCAAGUGUGUGUGUAUGUUUCAGCUUUCCAUCCAUCCAUCUAUCUUCUAUACCGCUUCAUCCUCAGCUUUGUGUGCUCAAAAGCCAAAACACAAGCACGUGGUGUACGAUAUACAUACAUACAGAUAUACUGUAUAUACUGUAUAUAUAUCUGUAUGUAUGUUUACAACAUUAACGAGUUGGUUAAACUUUUGAAAGGUUUGGCGCACUUUUAUUAAUUCUCAUGCACAGUUCAAAUGUGACAUCUGUCAUUAUUAUAACACAUGUAAUACAUUUCUACCACUAUGGACUGAUCAGUGGAAAUGUACAUCUCUGAACGCUGUGCAUUAAAAACAUCACAAUUGUGUUGCGGUACAACAGCCUUACAUGUAAUGCAAACUUAGUUUAGAGAGGUAUUUGACAAGCUGUUUAUAUAUACUGUAUUGUUGCCCAACAAAAACUCAACACAUUUAUUGUUUAAACAGCAACCAAACAAAAGUGAACAUGUCCAAAUUUUUGUCCUAAGUGUCAAUAUUUUCUGUGAGCAGCAUUGUUACAGUAUCUGACACUGCCUUAAUCCUCUUGGAUACGGACUUGAUGAUGACGACAUCACUGGUGGUGACACUUUGCCUGCGUCACAUUCGGCUUUUGGAUCCCCCAGAGGUUCUCAGUUGGUUUAGAUCUGAGGAUAUGCUUAGCUACUCCAUCACGUUCACCUUCAGCUUCCUCAGCAAGGCACUUGUCAUCUUGGAAGCGUGUUUUGUCUCGUUAUGGCGGAAAACUGUUUCUAAUUAAAGGUUUACAAAGGGAAGGGAUCAAGUUCUGCUUCAGAAUGCCGCAGUACAUGUUGGAAUUCAUGUUUAGUACGUACAUGUAUGGAUUUCACUUGACUGCAUGAUGAAUUACUUGGUUAGUACACAAUUACAGUAUCUACUAAUAAAGUGUAGUUGCUGCAGCUGACCACAGUCAAGAUUCAAGAUUCAAGAUUCAAGAUUCAAGAGAGUUUUAUUGUCAUGUGCAUGGUAAAACAGCAGUUAUACCAUGCAAUGAAAAUCUUAUUCUGUUCAUUCUCCCACGAAAAGAAAGAAAACACAAGAAAGAAUAAGAACAUAAGAAACAUAAACACAUAAACAUAAAUACCAAUUUAUUUGGUAUCCAUUAUUUGGUCAUCCAUUAUUAUUAAAUUAACAUACAGGUGAACUAUUCCAGGAUGUUUUCAUCACACUGUAUAUUCACCAUCCACGUGUUGGUGUCCACUUGCCCAGAAGAACGCCCUGACUGUGCACAUGAUAGACAGGAUGCAUCAUAGCUGUGGCACAUGACUGCAAAACAGCGUCACAGAGAGUGAGACAAGAGGAACACGGACACAAAGGAAUGAAACACGGCCCUACACCGCAACACUCACAUGGUAUGGAAUCAGUGUGAGCAGAGAGCCCAGAGGGUACUUGCUAUAAUCCAUCUUCCCCACGAUGGGCUCCACUCUCCCAUGCUCCUGGGUCAUAGACAGUAGCCUGCAUGCGGACAUCUCACAUCAGGACAUCAGCUUUUCUGAAAUUCUGAAAUUGAGACUACAUACAGUAUAUGAUAUAAAAGUACUUUAGGUUCGGAUGUCCUUCAAUCAUAGCGUAUCCGGUUGGAAGUUUGCCAGCCCCAUCCAAACUGAUGAGCAACAACAGAGAAAAGGUUAUUUCCAAUUUUAAAAAACAGAGAAGACUGCAUGUAUGAACUAGGGAUGGGCAUUUCACUAAAUCCUUUUCACAAUUGGGAAAAUGACCACAAUUAAUGAAUUAACAGGUGGGGUGCAAAUACUAGGAAUGCAACAGUACGUGUUCGAUACAGUGGUCUCAAACCGCUAUGAAUCGAACAAUACUGUAACCAAAGUCACAAAUAUCAGCUGACAUC